AGGGGGACGGGCUACUAUGGGCCUCGGUGUAUGAAAGCAUAGGGAUUUGAUUUUUGCAGGGACCAGAGCUGAGACUGGAAUAACAGUCGAUUCAUUUGUUACAGAACAAGAAACGUCGAAGAACUUUCACUUACAAUGGCUAAGAAAAAUGCAAAGGGACAGGUCAAAAGAGAUGCCAAGCCACAGCAGGCACAUAAAAAUGGAAAGAAGGCAGAAGCUGGAGGAGGAACCUCGUUUUUCACCUGGUUCAUGGUUUUGGCUCUUCUGGGCGUCUGGACCUCUGUAGCUGUGGUGUAUUUUGACCUUGUUGACUAUCAAGGUGUAAUUGCCAAAGCAAAGGACUUGCGCUAUAAUCUUUCAGAGGUGUUACAAGGCAAACUCGUGUCCUAUGAUGCUGACGGUGAUGGAGAUUUCGAUGUGGAAGAUGCUAAAGUACUAUUAGGGCUGAAAGAUAAAUCCACCAUCAAGACCAGUGAAACAUUUGAGGGAACCCCUGCUGAACCUGUGGAAGAAGCUCCUGAAUCUAUCGUGGAGGAAGAAAUCCAGGCCACUAAAGUUGAAGAAGCAGCUCAGCCACCACCGGAACCAGAGGCUGUGGAAGAGGAGCCUGUUCCUUUGGAAGAAGAACCUCUGGAAGUAGACGAAGAGCCCAAUGCUGUAGAAGAUGAAGUAGCUGAGGAUGAACCAGAGGUUGAAGAGGAGCAAGAAGUUCCUGAGGAAGAACCAGAAGUUGUGGAAGAAGAGCCUGAGGUUACGGAGACUGUUGAGGAAGAGGCUUUUGAGGAGGCAGUGGAAGAGCCUGCGGAAGAGGUCAUACCAGUUGAAGAACUGGUUGAGGAAGCUGCUCAAGUGGAAGAAGUGGUUGACGAAGUGUUGGAGGAAAAGGCUGCAUCAGUAGAAGAUUUACCACUGGAAGAGGCAGUAGAAGAAGUAGUUGAAGAUGCACCACUGGAAGAGGCAGUAGAAGAAGUAGCUGAAGAGGCUGCACAGGUUGAAGAAGCAGCGGAGUUAUUGUUGGAGGAAGAGGAUGCACCAGUAGAAGAAAUAAUAGAGAAAGCUACACAAGUAGAAGCAGCUGUGGAGGAGUUUGUACCAGUAGAAGAAGCUGUGGAAGAGGUUGUACCAGUAGAAGAAGCAGUUGAGGAGCUUGAACCAGCAGAAGAAGCUGUGGAAGAGGUUGUACCAGUAGAAGAAGCAGUUGAGGAGCUUGAACCAUCAGAAGAAGCUGUGGAAGAGGUUGUACAAGUUGAAGAAGCAGUUGAGGAGCUUGAACCAGUAGAAGAAGCAGUUGAGGAGAUUGAACCAGUAGAAGAAGCAGUUGAGGAGCUUGAACCAGUAGAAGAAGCAGCUGAGGAGAUUGAACCAGUAGAAGAAGUAGUAGAAGAACCUGAACAAGUGGAUGAACCUGAAACAACAGAACCAGUGGAAGAUGUAGAAACCCCCGAUGAGACAGUUGAGGAAUCAGUCUCUGUAGAAGAAACUGAAACAGAAGAUGAUGUUAUAGAGGACACAGAUGAGCCAGUUCAGGAUGAUGAGGAAGUACAAGACUCCACAUUGGAGGAAACGGAGCUUGAGGAAGAGAAUAUGGAGGAAGAAGAAGAGGAUGCAGCUGCUGAGGAAGAGCAGCCUGAGGAGGACGUAGCAGAGGAAAUUAACCAAACAGAAGAACAAAUUGAAGCAGAUCCCACAGAAACAUAAAACAUUAGGCAGUAUGUAAGAUAUGGAGAGGACCAGCACCACAUGGCAUUCCACUGGAAGUCUGCAGCUGCCGAAUGCCACCAUGGAGUAAAAAAAAAAAAAGAGAA